CUGCUUGCUCCUCCAGUGGGGUUGAAGCUACCAACAAAACUUCAUCCAUCCAUCCACGACGACAAAAAAGCGGCAGCAUAGCAUCACACACUCCCCGAACAUGACUGCGAAGAACCGACAGAAGAGCUCCGCCAGCGAGAAGACUGCUGCUGCUGCGCCGGUCCAGGAUGAGAAGAAGCCCCAGAAGAGCAAUGGCACGAGCGGCUCCGCAGGAUCCCAGAGGCCACGCACCGGGGGGAGCUGUCUGGGCAGCCUGGUGUCUGCGCUCUUCUACGCGGCCAUCCUCGGAGGAGCUGGCCUGGCCGCUUUCCACUUGCAGAAAGUGGUGGAGGAGAUCCGCCAAACCAGCGCAAAACACGCAGAGAGCGCACGGAUGGGCGCGGAGAUGAGCCGCAAAAUGGACAACGUCGUCCAACAGGUGGGGUCUCUGAGGAGCGUCGUGGAGGGCCUGGAGUUGUCACUGGGUGCCACCCGGGCGGAGCUGGAGGGCGCCGUCAGCCGCAUGAAGAAGGGUGAGGAGGAGACCAGGAGGGUGGAGGAGGCCCUCCAGAGGCUCCAGAACGACCUCCUCAGGGACCUCUCCGAGGGCAUCAGCGAGGUGAAGGAGGCGCGGGAGCGUGACUUCUCCUCCCUGGAGACGACGGUGGAGCAGCGCCUGGAGGAGGUGAGCAGCUCGGUGCGAGCAAGCGUGGCCGAGUUCACCGAGGCUCAGGGCGAGGCGCGGCGCCAGCUGGCUGCCCUGGAGGGCCGCCUGGUCGGCAUCGAGGACCCCGCCCUCGUCAAGCAGGAGCUGUCCGCAAUCGUGGACGCGGUGGCCGAGAUCAGGGCGGCGAAGCAGGAGGCCGACAGUUCUGCCGUGUCCAUCCAGGAGCGGAUCGGCUCCGUGAGGGAGGAGCUCCAGACGAGGAACCAGGAAGUGGCGUCGCUGUCGCAGGAGGUGGAGUCAGUGAGGUCGCUGAUGCAGGACGCGCUCGGAGGCCUCAAGCUGUCCGUGUCUGCGGCUCAGAUGGACGUCCAAGCCCUGAAGGAUCAAAGCAGCACGCUGGAGGGCAGCUUGGAGCAAGCACUUGAUGGUGUACGUGACGUGGAGAAGAAGCUCAGCGAGGUCUCCGCUCAGACGCAGAAGAGGUGGGACAAUGCGGAAGCCCGACUGAAGGCGUCUGAGGAGAGCGGGGAUUUCCUCUCCUCCAAGGUGGAGUCCCUUCUGUCCAAGCACGACACCCGCCAGAGCACUCUGGCCGAGAAGGAGCGAGGAGAGCACGAGGAGCUGGAGGCCCUGAGGAGCAGCCUGGAGGACCUCCGGUCCAACGUUGCCUCCAUGGGGGAGACCCAGGACACGCUGGCUGCCACAGACUCCCUCAUGGGGCAGCGGGUGGAGGAGCUAGAGAGGAGGCUGCUUGCCCCCGAGGGGGAGGCGGAGCACGCCGCCACACUGGAGGAGCACGGACGGGCCAUUGCCUCCAUGCGGAGAGCCUUGCAGGAGGCCACUCAGACCCUGGCGAUUUUAUCUGAAGGCCCUCGCCAGGAGGAGCAUCAAUAAAACACUUAGUCACGUGAACGGGAUGUUGCACAGGCGGGGGUGAGCUGGACUGAUGACCUGAACUCCUUUCUUUCCCGUCAAUCAAAUAAGCCCACAUUUUUAUAAUAAAAACACUCGUGUUGACCUUCAUCUCUGAUGUCAUUCAUGUGGGAAAACACCCGGUUGCUCUAACGCCGGGACCGCAGGGGGAAGCCGACCAUCCUCCAAAAAUGACCAACAAUUCACUCAUUCAUCAAAAGCAACACCCCCCACGUGUCUACAGUAUAAGCCUCCAGGACGUCUUUGCACAAAAUCAAAAUCAGGCUUUGCUACACAUCUCAAAAUAAAGCUCUGCCGAUGACUAGUCAGUCGCUACAGACGUGCGACCCGCACUUUUGCUUCGUUUGUUUUCCUCCGGCUAACGGGCUAACCUAGCAUGAUGUCAUGUCAGUGUGUCCAGGAGAUAUUUUUGGCAUUCAGUUGCUUGAAAUUGUAAAUUAUUUCUGUUUUUAUGGCGGCUUGUUGCCGCUGCAAAAAAAAAAAAAAGUGCUGCAGCUGUAAAUCCAGGAGAGGGCGCUGUUUGCAGGAAGAUGUGAUGUGCGAUUGUACGAGUUUGUACAAUCAUUGUGCACAUUUAAAUACAUGUACGUAUAUGUGCCCUGCCAUUGGCUGGCCCCCAGUCCAGGUUGUACCCCACCUGUCGCCCGAAGUCAGCUGGGAUAGGCUCCAUGUCUUUCUCACUUAAAAGACGCAGUGAAUGUGUGGAAAGCCCCCAGACAAUCUUUAUUUCCAGACGAGCGAUAGUGAAACUAAAAGUAGCGUGUUGCUCAUAUAGGCCGCGGCGUCCCUUUAAAUUCCGAUAAAAGCACAGCCUGCUCAUUCGCAUUACUCACAUCUUCCACACAGGUGAGAUUGUCCAGUGCGCGUCUCAACUCCGCGACCUCCUCCCCCCUCUUCCCGAUGUCCUCCGCCAGGCUUCCGAUGCGUAACGUUAGGUCGGAAAGGCGUGGCUCAAAGGCGGAAAAGUCUCGCUUGAUGGCGGCCACCUUGGGCUUGAGGUCCCCGGCGAAGCCCACCGUGCGGAUGAGCCGAGCUCGGCCGCCUUCGAGCUCCCUCAGCCGCUCCGAGAUGUCCCGGGCGGCGGCGUCCAGCUCGGGGAGGCGGCGGCGCAGUCGCUCGAGGGCCUGCGUGUUGCGUUCGGAGGCCGCGCGGAGGUUGGAGACACGGUCGAUGCUGCCGGCCAGCACGUCGCCGAUGCGCUUCACCAUGCCGUGCUCCGCUCGGGACACCCUGUCCUCCAGCUCGGAGACCUGCGUCAGGAGAGACUCCAGUUCUGAGCGCAGGCCGUCCAUGCGGCGGACGUCGGUCCUCACGGACACCACCUAAAAGUAACAGAGCAGUUAAUUAUCGACGAGUAAUCGACUAAAGCGACCAAUUAACCUACUUUGUUUCCAAAGUCUGUCGUGAUGGCCGACGUCUUCGCCUCAAUCUGACCCACGGCGCCGGUCAGCGCGUCCAAGCUCACCUGGCGCUUGGACCUUUUCUCGCUCAAAUUGGACGCCCACUCCUUGAGGCGGCCGACGUCCCGCUCCAGGAUCUCCAGUUGGGCCUGGAGAGCCCGGCGCCGAGUGAAGACGUCAUCCAGCAGGUGGCGCACGCCCUCGCACUGUGGAAAGACCAUGGACGUUAGCUAAAAGCUCAACUGUUAGCCUGAUACGUUGAAAUAAGACAUUUACUUUAAGCAGCUUUUUUAACUUGUUUAUUUGUUGCCCGUUUUAAAUAUGUCGUUUAAGUACUUUCUCUACUUGUAUUAAUGAUUAUGAACACUAACGUCAUUUAUGCAGACAACAGCGCUUGAGCUAAAAGCGCCAAUUCACCCACUUGUCCACUAGAUGGAGCCAUUGCAAGGUAAACAGACUUGUGCUGUGUGGCGGUCCAUAUAAAAGUACUUCAUGAGU